AUGGCGACUCGUCUGCUUAAAGUUAGUUCCGCAUUGCGGACUUAUUCUAACAAAACCAGUGUCAUAAAGAUACAAAAACAAUGGAGGUCUACAUCAGCAUUUUUAAAAGAGACACUGAUGAAUAUGCCAGCAACAGAAGUUACAACAUUGGAUUGUGGUAUGAGAGUUGCUACUGAAGAUAGUGGUGCUCCAACAGCUACAGUAGGACUGUGGAUUGAUGCAGGCAGUCGCUUUGAAACUGAUGAAAAUAAUGGAGUUGCUCACUUUAUGGAGCACAUGGCUUUCAAGGGAACUACUAAACGUUCACAAACUGAUUUAGAAUUAGAAAUUGAAAACAUGGGUGCACAUUUAAAUGCUUAUACAAGUAGAGAACAAACAGUAUUUUAUGCUAAAUGUCUGUCAGAAGAUGUUCCAAAAGCUGUUGAAAUUUUAAGCGAUAUUAUUCAAAAUUCAAAGCUUGGUGAAAGUGAAAUUGAAAGAGAACGUUGUGUUAUUUUAAGAGAAAUGCAAGAGAUUGAAACAAAUCUCCAAGAAGUUGUUUUUGAUCAUUUACAUGCUAGUGCAUAUCAAGGUACACCAUUAGGAAGGACAAUUCUUGGCCCCACUCAAAAUAUUAAAAGCAUUACACGAAAUGAUCUUGUUGACUAUGUUAAGAAACACUAUGGUCCUCCUAGAUUCAUUUUAGCUGGUGCAGGAGGUGUAAAUCACAAUGCAUUAGUAGAUUUAGCACAGAAACAUUUUGGUCAGAUGAAAGGGCCAUUCUAUGAUGAAAUUCCACCUCUGUUAGAACCAUGUCGUUACACAGGUUGUGAAAUAAGAGUUCGUGAUGAUAAUAUUCCUCUUGCUCAUAUUGCCAUUGCUGUUGAAGGUGCUGGUUGGGCUGAUGCUGAUAAUAUUCCUCUUAUGGUUGCAAACACUCUUAUGGGAGCAUGGGAUCGCAGUCAAGGAGGAGGAGUAAACAAUAUAUGCUUUUUGGCUGAAGCUGCUGCAACUGAUGGAUUAUGCCAUAGUUACCAAAGUUUCAAUACUUGUUAUCAAGACACAGGUCUCUGGGGCAUAUACUUUGUGAGUGAUCCCAUGAUGCUAGAGCAUUUUGUAUAUAAUAUACAACGAGAAUGGAUGAGGUUAUGUACGACAGUUACCGAAAGAGAAGUAGAACGCGCAAAAACAGCUCUUAAAACAAAUAUGCUUCUCCAAUUGGAUGGAACUACUGCAAUCUGCGAAGAUAUUGGUCGCCAGAUGCUGUGUUAUAAUCGACGUAUCCCACUCCACGAACUUGAAACCAGGAUAAAUAGUGUAACUGCCAGCAAUAUUCACGAUGUUGCUAUGAAAUAUAUUUACGAUCAGUGUCCGGUUGUCGCGGCAGUUGGACCAAUUGAAAAUUUGCCCGAUUAUAACCUCAUUCGUUCUGGCAUGUACAGACUACGAGUGUAAACACAUUUCCAUCAAUACAUUUAGAACGAGUUGCAAGUAAUAUCAUCUUAGAAGAAUUUAGAUUAAAAUGAGACUACAAAACAGUAAGAUAUCUAUAAUCUAAAACCGACAUUAAUUUUAUUUAUUCU